AUGGAGGCAGUGGGGAGCAGCACGCUCGCGGAGCAGCGCGACUCGGCGCGUGUGAGCAGCAACGACGAGGCACUGUUGGUGCUGUGCGACGAAACCAAGCGCUCGCGGCUCGAGGAGUACCUAGCGUCGCCUGUCUUUGGGUGUCUCCCGAUUGAGCCCUCAGCCUUCCAGGCCUCCGGCACCCCGCCCCUCCCAACCCCAGCAGUGGAUGAGAACGCGGCGCCGACGGAGGUGGCCAAGAAGCGAAAGAGGAAGAGGAAGCGAGCCGUGCUCGACUCGGUGUGCCUUCUCUUCUUGCGCCUGCCCUGUUCACCAUCUUCAUCGCCGUCGGCCGUCGAGUCGACUGUGGAGCCGACGUCGGCCGCUUCUUCUCCGCCGCCGGCGCUGCGGCAGCCCUCCGCCGCGUUCGGGGCCUUCAUGCGCGAGCGGCUCUUCCACCACCCGUUCCUCUACCGCUACGCCAAGUCCUUCUACAUCGUCACCAACGCCUCCAACGACCUUGACUUCCUCCAGGACAUCGCCCAUGACGCCAUCCGUACCAACAAGGCGCGUGUGCUUCGACUGUGCGUGUUCCCCAAGUCGCGAACCGAGGCGGUGGUGAACGCGCUGCCGGCCGAGGUGCAGCUCCACCCGAAGCAGUUCACCCACGUCCUCUCCAUCGCCCGCGAGCGCGGCCGCUACUACUACGGCCUCGCCCCCAAGGAAUUAUUCUGGGGACCUGAGAGCGGCGUGCACUCGGUGCAGAUGGACAAGGUGUCGCGGGCGUACCACAAGAUGAAGGAGGUCUUCACGCGGAUCGACUGCCUGCGGCUGGCCGACACCGCCCAGUGGACGGCCAUCGACGUGGGCGCCGCCCCCGGCGGCUGGACGCAGUACCUGAGCCCGCUCAUGAAGCAGGUCAUCAGCAUCGACCCGGGCGAGUUGCGAAUCGAGCUGCCGCCCAACGUCGUGCACCUCAAGAAGAAGGUCGAAGAUUGUAUGGAGGAGUUGAGGAAGGAGGCGCCGGUGGACAUGCUGGCGUGCGACAUGAACAUGUGCGAGGCCCUGCAAGCGAUAGAGGUCAUGCUGCCGCUCGCUCCACUGCUCCGAAAAGGCGGCUACAUCGUCAUGACCUGGAAGCUGCCCAAGCGCAUGGACGUGAAUCUGGAGGUGAAGACCGAGGCGCUACGAGUCAACUUCGCCGAGCAGUUCGCUGGUUUCGAGAUCGUUCAGGUCAUUUGGCUCCUCGCCAACAUGUACGAGCGCACCGUCGUUGCGCGCAAGAUCGCCGAGUGA